AUGAACCUGGAUCCUGGCUGGCUGCUGCUCCUAUCCAUGUCUCUGGAGGUUUGGUCAGUGCCCCUCGACCGCAAUGCAACCCCCCAGGAAGCACAGCCUCCUCAGGAGGAAAACAGGAGGAUGUGGUACGACACAGGCCUAUACUAUGACCGGUAUCUGAGAGAGGUGAUUGAGGUGCUGGAGACAGAUCCCCACUUCAGAGAGAAACUCCAGACUGCCAACACAGAGGACAUCAAGAAUGGUCGUCUCAGUAAGGAGCUGGACCUUGUGGGGCACCAUGUUAGAACUCGUCUGGAUGAGCUGAAGAGACAGGAGGUGUCUCGCCUCAGGAUGCUGCUCAAAGCCAAACUGGACAGCACCAACACACAGAGUUUACAGAUGGACCAUGCCUCUCUGUUGAAGCAGUUUGAACACCUGGAUCCACACAAUCAGAACACCUUUGAGGCCAAAGACCUUGAGCUGCUCAUCUCAACGGCCACUAAAGACCUAGAGAACUACGAUGCAGAGAGACAUGAUGAGUUCAAACGCUAUGAGAUGCUGAAGGAGCACGAGAGACGGGAGUACCUCAAGGGUCUGGACCAGGAGAAGCGAGAGAAGGAGGAGAAGAGGAUGGAGGAGCUGAAGGAUAAACACCGCAAGCACCCCAAGGUCAACGCUCCGGGCAGUGUAGCUCAACUGCGUGAGGUAUGGGAGGAGACUGAUGGACUGGACCCAACAGAGUUUAACCCAAAGACCUUCUUCAAACUGCAUGAUGCGAAUGGAGAUGGUGUUUUAGAUGAGCAGGAACUAGAGGCCCUCUUUGCCAAAGAGCUGGAGAAGGUCUACGACCCAAAGAAUGAGGAGGAUGAUAUGAUGGAGAUGGAGGAAGAGAGGCUGAGGAUGAGGGAGCAUGUCAUGAAGAACGUGGACAUCAAUCAAGAUCGACUCGUCAGCCUGGAAGAGUUCCUUAAAUCAACAGACAAGAAAGAGUUCAAUAACCCUAAAGAAUGGGAUACUUUAGAUGACACCAAGCCGGUGUUUACAGAGGCUGAGCUCCAGCGGUUUGAGGCGGAACUGCGGACCAAGGAGGAGGAGCUCGGUAAGAGGGCGGAGUCUCUUCGUCAGGAGCAGGAUCUGCUGAAGGAGAGGGGCAAGGCCCUGGAGGCCCAGAGACGAGAGUACCAACAGGCAGUGCUAGAGAUGUCUCAGAGGAAGGAGAAACAGGCAGUGGAGGGGCAGCCUCCUACGGGUCCUAACGGAGAACUACAGUUCCACCAAGAGAUGCAGAAACUGGAAGAUCAAGGUGCUAAAGCUCCUGUUGAACAAGAAGUCCAAGAGGCCCAGAAUAACCUGCCUGCAGAACCACCACAGAACCUGCCCAUACACACCUAAUGCAGAACCCUGAUACACAUAGGGUUGCAAUGGGAGGGUAUAUUACUGGAAACUUUCUAAGUUUACCAGUAAACUACCAGAAUUUUUGUAACUUUCAAGGAAUAUAUGUAAUUUUAUCA